AAAGACACACAUACACACAUACACACAUACACACAUACACACAUACACACAUACAUACAUAAAUACAUAAAUACACCAUCAGGAAUACCAAUAGAUUCAAUCUAUCAUGGAGGUAUGAAGAAGAAUUUUAUUUAUUUUAUCGGAUUUCGUUUUACGCACGUUCUUUAUCUUACAUUCUCCUAAAUCCCUUUUUACCUCUUCCCUUUUUACCUUUCACCUCUUCCCUUUUUACCUCUCCCUCUUCCUUAAAAAUUCAAGAUUGCUCGUUGACAUUCUUUGCCCUUCCCGGGGAUGUGGUUCUUAUCAUGAGUGGUACCAAUAUUUGCAUUUAUUCUCAGGCCACGAUUUUUUGUCUCUGCUUUGCGACCUUGGAUUGAAAAUGUGACGAGUGUUGGCUCCACUAGGUACCCCUUUGCUUUUUCUCUUUUUCUCUUAUAAUGUCUAUUGUUUUCUUCUUUCUCUUCUUCUUCUUCUUCUUCUUUUCGCCAAUCUGGUGGUGUGGUAGUACAUAUCAUUUACAUAUAUAAGGAAACCUGAAGUUUCAAUGAUACCGAAGGAGUCGAGAUUCAUUAUUGUUGGCUUUUCUUAUUGCCUUAUUCCAUCAUCCUUUACAUACCUACGUAUAUUGGAGUGAAGGAUACAUUAUUCAAAAUUCAUAUUACCUUGACCAGUGUCACUCACAGGAUUUCAAAAGAGUCAUUCUCGUGUUAGGAUUCUGUGCAUACCCGUUUCUAGAUUCCUCUAUACAAUUUCGAAUUUGGAAGGCCGAGUACAACUUGGUACUUAUCCGAGACUUUUGGAUGAGUGCCAGCCUUUGACGUUGGACAAACAAACGGUGGAGGUUGGCUUGGAGUUUUUCAUUCAUACUUUGGCAAGGAUGGUGGGAUUCUAUUAGGAGUUGGGGGUUGAAUGAUUGUUGUGUUCUAAUGUUCGUUGGGUGUUGAUCUUUUUUUCGGCAAACAACAUCUCACCACAGACAAGAAGCAAAUAUAGGGAUUUCAUUCAGCUGAUAUCACAUUAUCUUUUUACAACUUCAUGCUAUCACAUCUUUUCUAUCACCUAAUCACUUAUUUCUGUAUUACUCAUUCGCAAAGUUGCAAUUAUUACUUGUACGAUAUUUGUUUCAUUGUUUCUUUUUAAUAUUAGUCAAAUGUCUACUUCUACUACUUCUACUACUUCUUCCACCUCUGUUCUACAGAUAGGGCGUAGACGUACCAAGGAGAAUCAAACCUAUAAUGGUCCUCCUAGAAUGAGUCCUGUUCGAUAUAUUAGUCCAGCAUCACUAAAUCUUGAAUUUCUUCAUGAACAGAAUCGUGCCGCUCUCCAAAAGAAGGAUGCGACCAAGGUAGUUGAUCCAGCACCUGGUGUUGCCGCAAAAGGCAAACCUAGAUUAUUAUUGAUGGGUCAAAGAAGAUCUGGAAAGUCUUCGAUAUCUAGCGUUGUAUUCCAUAAGAUGCCUCCAAAUGAAACCCUCUUUCUCGAAUCUACCGCAAGAAUUCAAAAAGAUUCCAUGCAUUCCUUCAUGGAUUUCCAGGUUUGGGAUUUUCCAGGUCAAAUCGAUUUCCAAGAUGCUCAAUUCGAUGUUGAUGCGAUAUUUGGUGAAAUUGGUGCUUUAAUUUGGGUUAUCGAUGCUCAAGAUGAUUACUUGGAGGCCAUUGCUCGUCUCAACAGCACCAUCUAUAACCUUCAUCAAUCUUUCCCAAACAUUAACAUUGAAGUAUUCAUUCAUAAAGUUGAUGGUUUAUCAGAUGAUUAUAUGCUCGAUAUUCAACGCGACAUUAUGCAACGGAUUCAAGAUGAACUCUCGGAUCAAGGAAUGGAAAAUGCACCUGUCAAUUUUCAUCUCACAUCUAUCUACAACCAUUCUAUCUUUGAAGCCUUUAGUAAAGUCAUUCAAAAAUUGAUUCCUCAUCUUGCUACUCUCGAAGCUCUUCUUAAUGAUCUUUGUCGCAAUUGUCGUUUCGAAAAAGCAUACCUCUUCGAUGUUCUCUCAAAGAUAUAUAUCGCAACCGAUUCAUCUCCAGUCGAUAUGCCAUCGUAUGAAAUCUGUAGCGAUUAUAUCGAUGUUAUCGUCGAUGUAUCCGAAAUAUAUGGAUAUCAGCGAUCUCCGGAAUAUAUUUCGAAAUUAGAAGGACCACCAUGGAAUAAGAAAUUGGAAGAUCAAAUAGCAUGUAAGGAUGCGGAAAGUGUGAUUGUACUUACAGCGGAUAAGAGACCAAUUAUGUUGAGAGAGGUUAAUAAGUAUUUGGCAUUGGUGGCGAUUAUGAAGGAGGGUAGUUAUGAGAAGAUGCCGUUGGUUACGAUGAAUGUGGAGACGGUGGUGGAUGGGUUGACGAAGGUUUUUGAGAUUACGAGACAAAAGAAGUGAGGUGGGGCGC